AUGGCGAUCCUGCAGCGCGCCGAGCCGUGCCUGGCGUCCCUGCUCGCUCUGCUCCUCGUCCUCGUCCUCUCACAGACUGCCACGUGUACUGCUCACGAGGAUGGCUCGAGUCUCGAUGCGCUCAGCACCCUCAGAUUCGGGCGGCGCAAGACACUCGUGAUGCCAGGUCUGCCGCCCGUGUCCACGGGGCUGCUGCUACCGCUCACGCCCAACAUGUGGGCGUCCAUCCGCCGCCGCAACCCCAACUUCCGCCACGCCAGCGUUGGCUUCGUCCCCCCUGCCGCCAGCAACGGCAGUGGGGAGGGUGCUGCCCCGCGGUGGACUUACCUUGACCGCGUUGACUGGCAGCAGCGCCGCAUGGUUCGCCCCGUGCAGAACCAGGCCUCCUGCGCGGCAUGUUGGGCCAUGGCAGCGGUGGCAGCAGUCGAAUCCCUCUACGCCAUCGUCACCAACUCGCCUCCCCCUGCCAUCUCCACCCAACGCCUCCUCGAAUGCGCGCCCAACACCCCCCGCACCCCCGCGGCUGCCGGGGCUGGGAGCGAGAGGAACGACACGGGAGGGGGGGGAGCGUGGCUCGAUGGGUGCGAGGGCGGGUGGUCCGCAGAGGCCCUUGAUUUCAUGACAUUUACUCCCCUCCCCUCUGCUGCUGCCGCGCCUUUCAUCGGAGCGCGGGGCACUAAAAACGCCUCUAGGGCUUCCCUUUGUGUGCAGCAGCAGCAGCAGCAGCAGCAGCAGCAGCAGCAGCAGCAGGCACCGCCGUUGGUGUAUGCAGACAACUCUGUGCCGUUCACGCGCCGUACCCCUUAUAAGGGCCCCUUUAGCAUCACAAUGUUCGAGGAGACCGGGCUGGAGGGGCACCUGGGGAUGAUCCUGGCGCUGCAGCGACAGCCUGUGGUGGCGGCUCUAGAGGCGGACCAACCGUCCUUCAUUCAAUACGAUGGGUCGUUCGUCUACUCGGACCCCUCCUGUUUCCUUAACGGCCUCGUGGACCACUCUGUACUCGUUAUAGGCUACGACCUCACCGACCCCACACCGCACUGGAUCGUUCUCAACAGCUGGGGCUCCUGGUGGGGCCGCUGGGGCGUCAUGCGCCUGGCCAUGGCGGGAGGGGACGGCAUAUGCGGGAUUCACUCCAUGCCGGCCCUCUACCCGGUUAUUACCACCCCAGAUCCGUGCUUUCCCAUCAACCCCUGUGGGGGCGGGAAGUGCGCUGUGGAUGCGGGGACGGGGGGCAACACGUGCGAGUGCCCUGAGGGGUUCCGGGUCACGGUGAACAUCGAUGGGUCUCAGUCGUGUGCUCUGGCGCGGCGCUGUGGAUUCUCCAUGGUGAACCCGUGUGACACGGGCACGUGCAUCGACAGCACCACCAGCCCGGGCGGCUACUCCUGUCUCUGCCCACCGCCCACCCAGCGCACCAACAACACGGACGGCACACAGACCUGCGUCGUGCCACCCCCACCGCCCCCCACCAACUACUGGGACACCCCCGGCGCCGGCGGUGGUGGGGGCAGCAGCGGCAGUGGCGGCAGCAGCGGCAGUGGUGCCGGUGCUGGGGUGCGGCGAGUGAGAGUGGUGGAGGGCAUGACGUGUGGCAUGCUGGCCCUCACCUUCCGUAUCACCGUGGAGCAGCUGCAGCAGACCAACCCUGGCAUGGACUGCAGCAAGCUGCAGGUGGGAGCCACCGUGACAGUGAACACCACAGCAGCAGCCACCGUCUGCUCGCUCUCUUAUGCUGCCUCUCUGGGGGACACGUGUGCUUCGAUAGUGGAUCUCUUCAAUACAAGCACAGCAGCUCUCCUCGCUCUCAACCCCCAGUUGGACUGCUCGCUCCCCUUUACCUCCAGCCAAUCGAUCUGUGUGGCGGCAGCAUCAACGCCUCUCCCCCGUCGCUGUGCGCGCUGGUACACGCCCCAGCAGGGCGACACGUGCCCCUCAAUCAUGCGAUCCGUCGCCUCUCCCCCUCUCCCGCCCACACACUUGAUCGCUCUCAAUCCCGGCCUCUCCUGCUCGCUCCUGGAGCAACCGAAUGCUACCACGGACACCGGAGUCCAGGUCUGUGUGAAGGCGGCCCCCAAUUGGACGGGAGCGAGUAACUAUAUCCUUGCCGACCCCUCGCGCAUGGCCCUGCAGCAGCACGACAUCGUCGCGUCAGCAACGCGAAACACCCGCUCGAGCCAUAUCCUCCAGAUCGCGUCCUCCUCGUUCCGUCGCGAGGCCGCGCGCACCUUCGAGACGAUCGACCUGGACAAGGACGGCAAAAUCUCCGCCCACGAGCUCGCGACUCUCCUAGGCCGCCUGGAUAGUAGUAAUACUUCUGCUGAGACGCAGCCUGGACGGCGCGGUAUUCCGGCGCUCGAGGCGGGAGGCGAUUUGAUUGGCUUCGCGGAGGAUGUGAUUCGAGAAGCUGACGUGGAUGGCGACGGGAUGAUUGAUUUCGAGGAAUUUUUGCUCUCGACGCGCGCAAAGCCGUCCGUUGUCUCCGUUCCAUCGUCCGAUGAUGAGGGGGAAGAUGAAUCGGACGUUGGGAGUAAAUCAAGGAAGGACGUGAUUGAAGAUGAUUUGUUCCGCGCGUUUGAAAUCUUUGACCUUGACAGGGAUGGUGUGAUAAGUGCGGAGGAGCUGCGAUACGUGAUUGGUGUUCUUAGCGGGGAUGAUUUGACGGCGGAAGACUGCGAACGUAUGAUAAAGCGGGUGGACGCUGACGAGGAUGGAUACGUGGAUUACAACGAGUUCAGGAGGAUGAUGGCUGGAAGUUUUUAUUGA